AUGUCUGGUGAUGUUUGUUCUGUUUCUUCAGUCAAAGCGCUCCUUCAAGAACCGGAAAAAAACCCGAAUCCGAAACCUGACACAAACCCUAAUGUCAAGAAGAGAAGAAAUCUACCAGGAACACCAGAUCCAGAUGCAGAAGUUAUGGCUCUUUCACCAAAGACGCUCAUGGCCUCUAAUAGAUUUAUCUGUGAAAUCUGCAACAAAGGUUUCCAAAGGGAACAAAAUUUGCAGCUUCACAGAAGAGGGCACAAUCUCCCAUGGAAGCUUAAGCAAAGAACUAACAAAGAUCAAGUCAAGAAGAAGGUUUACAUAUGCCCAGAAAAGACCUGCGUUCACCACGACCCGGCCCGAGCGCUCGGAGACCUCACCGGCAUCAAGAAGCAUUUCAGCAGAAAGCAUGGCGAAAAGAAAUGGAAAUGCGAGAAAUGUUCAAAGAAAUAUGCAGUUCAUUCGGAUUGGAAAGCUCAUUCUAAGACUUGCGGUAGCAGGGAGUACAAGUGUGACUGUGGCACACUCUUUUCCAGGAAAGAUAGUUUCAUCACUCACAGAGCUUUCUGUGAUGCCUUGGCUGAAGACACUGCAAGAAUGAACUCUAUUGGAGCCAACAAUUUGAACUUCAUAAAUGAUCUGAAUGGGAAUCUGAUGAACCCUCCUUCAAAUUUGCCUCUUGGGUUAUCUGGUUCUACUGGAAUUACUCAUCUUAGCAGUGGCGGAUAUAGGCUAGACGAUGGCAGCUUAUCCACCGGGAAGCCAAGAUUAUCACUUUGGUUGGAUCUGGCAAAUUCUCAGCUCAAUCCCAUUGAUAUUUCAUCUGUCAAUUCCAAUCUCAUUAUGCCUUCAAAUUCAAGUGGAUUUCCUGAUAUGAUGCAAAUGACGUCCAAUAAUGUUUUUGGCCAAUCUUCAAUGGGAAAUUAUGCAAAUCUUUCCUUAUCGGCUUUGCCACCAACACAAGGACUAAAGGAAGAGGCAGCUAGUAGAGGGAGUACAUUAAUGGUGGAUUCCCCAACUUCCCUGUAUUCUGAAAAUCAAAACCAGCAAGCAAAAUCUUCGGCACCCAUGUCUGCAACUGCACUUCUCCUAAAAGCAGCUCAAAUGGGAUGUACCAAAAGCAAUCCAACAUUACACGAGAACACUCUAGGAGUGAUGAGUUCUUUUCCUUCAUCAUAUUCCAAUUCAGUGCAAAAUAGAAGUGAAAUGCACCAGGGUUUCGGCAAACAACAGGAGAAUUCAACCGCGAAACCCACUGAUUCUGCGAUGGGAGCUUCAAAUUUAACCUCUUCAACGAGCAGUAGAAUGAACAGCCUUGAUCAGUCUUUUCAUCAAACAGAUGGGACGCCAAGUCAGACGGCUUCCCCUAACUUGAAUUCGGGGUUGCAUGGAUUAUAUCACAGUCUAACGAGAGAUUUUCUUGGCAUGGGAGGAGAAGGUGGAGGCCCAUUCUUGCAAGAACUGGAGAAAUUUGCUUUCAUGAAUUCCACCAUGGAACUGAAUCACUUCACUUGCAAUCAGUAG